AGCCCACAGGCCCGUAAUUAAUCGGGAGUGUUUACGCCUGUUUUGAGCUUAAACCCUAGAGAUAUUUCGCUCCGGCGAACUUGUAGCCAUGAACCCAGCUGUACUCCGGCGAACCCUUUUCCAAGCCCUCCAUGCUCACCAUUAUCUCUCUCCCGCCCCUCUCCCCAAAUCCUAUCCUCUUCCAUCCUUCACCUUGUCCUCACGCCUUCGCGCCCGCGCCCUACUUUCCUCCAACUUUCGCCUCUUCUCCUCUGAUGCCGGAAAACCUCCUCCUUAUCGGCCGCCGGAGGCGACGGCCCAAUCUGAAUGUGCCACAUCUUCUUCCCCUUCCUCCAUAGAUGAUUCCAAGAAGGCUGAUCUCGCUAUCAAAGAUGUCAGCAACAAGGAGCUGAAUGGCCUUAUCGAACAGUACUUCAAAGGGGACGAGCAAAUACUUCCGUCGAUUAUGGAGGCUAUAUUGAAGCGCGGGCUUUCUAAGAAGCACGAAGAAACGGAUGAUGAGUUGAUGGACGAGCUCCGGAUGGCGCCGCUGGAGGAUGUCAAGGAUGCCGAGUUCGAAUCCGACUUCGAGGAACUCCACGAGACCGAUGAGGAGAUUGUUGACCUCUAUAAUGCUCGUGAGUACGUGGAGAAGAAGAUGAUGAAGGACGAAUUCUUCAACAUGGAUGAUCGAAAGUGGGAUGAAAUGAUCAAAGAGGCAACAGAGCAGGGCUUCCUGAAGGAUACUAGGGAAUGCGAGCAAAUACUUGAGGAUAUGCUCAGCUGGGACAAGCUCCUUCCUGAUGAGAUAAAGCAAAAAGUUGAGGCUAGGUACAACGAGUUAGAAGACAUGGUUGGAGAAGGAAAAUUAGAACCCGAGGAAGCUUAUAGACAGUUCAAAGAAUUUGAAGACCAAAUGGUUCUUGAAUGCGCAGAAAUCAUGGCAUCAGAAGAGCCUCCCCCUGAUGAAAGUGAAACUAUUGAAUCAGAUAGCAAGAAGAAGAUAGUUUUGGAUGAUCCACCUGGUGAAGGACCAAUCCUAAGGUGGGAAUCACGUGUUGUUUUUGCUCCAGGUGGUGAUGCAUGGCAUCCAAAAAAUAGAAAAGUCAAACUUUCAGUUACUGUAAAGGAGCUGGGACUUUCGAAACAUGCAUUCCGCCGAUUAAGAGAGGUGGUGGGAAAGAGGUAUCAUGCUGGUAGAGAUGAGCUCACAAUCACUAGUGAGAGGUUUGAACAUCGAGAAGAAAAUAGGAAGGACUGUCUGAGAACUCUCUAUGCAUUAAUUGAAGAUGCAGCUAAAGCAGAUAAAUUGGUUGAAACGGCCAGAACUUCUUAUUUCAAGGAUCGUCUUAAAUCCAACCCCAACUUCAUGGAGAAGCUGAAAAAGGUCAGGGCCUUGAAGGUUCAAGGAUCUGAGCAAGUUCCUGCCUAAUGUGGCUUUAAAGAUUAAACAAGGCUUCUUUGUCAUUGAAGGGUAUCAUUAGCUUCUACUAAUGUGCAGCUGUUAUCUGCAACUGUUUGAUUUUCCUGAUUGAUUCAGAAGAAAAUUUUGAAGAACAGGAUAUGCAUGAUUCAAGAGCAUGUCCAGAUUCCUAGCUUAAGUUUUAUGAUUUCAAGCUAUAUUUUAGAUUUUCUGAGGUUUUUUUUUUUUUUUUUGAAAUUGUUAAAAACUCUGUAAGAAUAUGUUGAUAUCAUUUGUAUCUAAAUGAAGCUAAUUCCAUC